GGAGGUCCGGGGACUGGGUGCGGGAGUGUGGCUUCCCGAGGGUCGCUGCCCUCCGGCUCUAAGGAGGGGUGAGUGGAAAGGUUCUUGGACCUGGCUGGGGGGGAAAGGGCUCGCAUGACCAUUUCAGACUCGAGGUGAGACUCUGGGAUGAACUUUCCGAGAACGCAGGGUGGGUGCCACAGCUCGGUGUGUCGGUAGCCCGAGGAAGCGGGGAGCUCCUCCUCCCCUGCACUUCCACACCCCCCACCCCCACUCCACGGAACUGACGACAGCCUUCUGUCGCAGGUCUCUCACGUCACGAUUAUUCAGUAUGUUUCCACUGACCGAGGAAAAGAAGCACGUGGCCCGGUUGUUGCUAGAUACAGGGACGUGCCCAAGAUGUAUCUUCAGGUUCUGUGGUGUGGAUGUUCAUGCACCUUACAGACGUCCCUAUAAGGAGUUUCUCAAUGAACUACAAACAUUUCUGAAAACUGAAAAAAAUGAAUUACUUUUGGAUAUUACAAACCCACCUCCCAAGAAAAUGCGACUACAAGGUCUGGAAGAUGGCAUUGAUAGUCCUCAUCGGAAUGGAGAAGGGAGUAACUCUGCCCCUGAAGAGGAAAGCAGUGCUUCCAAGAACUCCAGUUUAAAUGUAUGCAACGUAUGCCUGGGAAUUCUUCAGGAAUUCUGUGAGCGAGAGUUCAUUAAACAGGUGUGUCGAAAGGUUGAGGCCUCUGGAUUUGAGUUCACCAACUUGGUGUUUUCGGUCUCCUUCCCACCACAGCUAUCUGUAAGAGAGCAUGCUGCAUGGUUGCUGGUAAAACAGGAAAUGGGAAAGCAGAAUCUGUCUCUGGAAAGAAAUGAUAUAAUUCAGCUAAAAGAAGCUUACAAAUGGAUAACUCAUCCCCUGUUUUCAGAGGAACUGGGUGUUCCUGUUGAUGGAAAGAGCUUGUUUGAAGUGAGUGUGGUCUUUGCUCACCCAGAAACAGUUGAGGAUUGCCACUUCCUAGGUACAGUCUGCCCAGAUUGUUUCAAGCCAGCCAAAAACAAACAGUCGGUAUUCACUCGAAUGGCAGUUAUGAAAGCUUUGAGUAAGAUAAAAGAAGAGGAUUUCCGGAAGCAGUUUCCUUGUCCUCCAAACUCACCAAAGGCCGUAUGCACUGUUCUUGAAAUUGAAUGUGCUCAUGGUGCUGUUUUUGUGGCUGGGAGAUACAAUAAAUACUCCAGGAAUCUCCCACAAACUCCUUGGAUCAUUGAUGGCGAAAGGAAACUGGAAUCGUCGGUGGAAGAAUUAAUUUCAGAUCAUUUGUUGACAGAAUUCAAAGCAGAAAGUUUUAAUUUUUCAUCCUCUGGAAGAGAAGAUGUAGACGUGAGAACAUUAGGAAAUGGGAGGCCCUUUGCAGUGGAGCUGGUGAACCCGCACAGAAUACACUUCACUGCCCAAGAAAUUAAGGAGCUGCAGCAGAAAAUUAAUAAGUCAUCUAAUAAGAUCCAAGUGCGUGACCUGCAGCUUGUGACAAGAGAGGCAAUAGGACACAUGAAAGAAGGUGAAGAAGAAAAGACCAAGACCUACAGCGCCUUAAUAUGGAUAAAUAAAGCAAUCCAGAAGAAAGACAUUGAAUUCCUAGAUGAUAUAAAGGACCUCAAGAUCGACCAGAAAACCCCCCUCCGGGUCCUGCACCGCAGGCCACUGGCUGUGAGAUCGCGUGUCAUUCACUCCAUGGAGACGCACUACGUGGACGAGCAUCAUUUUCGCCUCCAUCUCAAGACUCAAGCUGGGACGUACAUCAAAGAGUUUGUCCACGGAGACUUCGGGAGAACUAAGCCAAACAUUGGCUCUCUGAUGAGAGUGACUGCAGACAUUCUUGAGCUGGAUGUUGAGUCUGUGGAUGUUGACUGGCCGCCUGCUCUGGAAGACUAACUUUCCAAUGUGGAGACCAAGAGUAGUGUUUUCCUGGUAUGAUGUAGACUUCCAUGCAACAUACAUGUUAACACAGCAGUUUACCCACCAUAACGGUGUCUUGGAAACCAUUUGGAUCAUGUUGAUCUGUAUAUGAUUUUUAGUUUAUUGUAACAGCUCAGGAUCUUUGUGUAUAUUUUGUGUUCUAAUUGUUCCAAGGAUGUCGUGAUUUUUCUCAUUUCCUCUUACAUCUCCACAAAACAAACUUAAAAUAUGGAAACCAUUCUCUCUCAAUUCUCAAUUUAGAGGGGUAUACAAAAAAGACACAUUCUUUUAGUCUGAGACGCUGUAGUUUCUUGCAGCAAGAUGUUCCUCUUGAAGAGGCAUUCCACCUUUAAAAUCAUGUUCCAAAGCUUUAAAAUUAUCUGAAUAAAAAUUUUUUCUAGAUUCAUGCAGCAUAGUAUCCUAUAAUAUUCUAAGAUAGCAAAUGAAAAUCUGACAAUUAUUUUUCCUGGUGAAACUCAAGCAAACUAUCACCAAUAGAAGCCCUUUUGAAUGUGAUUUGUCACAUUUCCAAAGACCUCAAGUUCCUAUUUUGACAAUCUAAACUUGUCAAUACCUUUCUUCUGUACAAGGGAAAGUGAAACCUUAGUAACUGAGACAUACCAUUUUAAAUAAGGAGAAACAAGUGCCUUCAGUAACUCCAAUCGCAGGGUUAAGAAUUUGAAAAACUGAGAUUGCUAAAUAAAGGGUAAACUAGUAUUACUUCAGUAUAUUAAUUUUAAACGUCUUAAUGAAAGGCAAAUAGGAAAUUGUCUCUUUCAUAAAUAUUGAAACCAAAGAAGUUAGGUGACAUCUAAAAAUUGUUACCUCCAUAUCUAGGAAUAGAACUGAAGCUGCUUGGUCUCUAGAGUCCUUUUCUAAAACAUUAUAUUACUGAGCACUUACAGUAUGGAGGAGGCACUUGAGGAUGCCUUUUAGCCUCAUAGACCAUUAUAACUGAGUUUUGGAAUUAAAAUACCAAAUCAAGCAGCUUACCCAAAAAAAGCCCAAGUAUAUUUCAUACAAUCUCAUAUAAUUGCCACCUGUAAGUUUAUCAUCCAAUGGUGUUAUGAAGGGAAAUAAUAUUAAGAAAGCUAAACCUGGGGCUGGCACUGUGGUAUAGAAGGCUAAGCCUCAGCCUGCAGUGCCAGCAUCCCAUAUGGGCACCAGUUUGAGCCCCAGCUGCUCCACUUCUGAUCUAGCUGUCUGCCAUGGCCCAGUGCUUGGGCCCCUGUACCACUAUGGGAGACCAAGAAGAAGCUCCUGGCUGCUGGCUUCAGCUUGACCCAACCCCGGACAUUGGGGCCAUUUGGAGAGUGAACCCAGCAGAUGAAAGAUUCUCUAUCUCUGCCUUUCAAAUAAAUAUAAAGGAAAAAAGAAAGUAAACCUAAAGAAAACAAUGGAUUACUGAAAGUUUUAGAAAAGAACUUUCCUGGGGCUAGCACUAUGGUGCAGCAGGUUAACGCCCUGGUCUGAAGCACUGGCAUCCCUUAUGGGUGCCGGUUCGAGACCUCCCAGCUGCUCCACUUCCGAUACAGCUCUCUGCUAUGGCCUGGAAAAGCAAUAAGAUAGCCUAAGUCCUUGGGCCCCUGCACCCAUGUGAGAGACCCAGAGGAAGCUCCUGGCUUCGGAUCUGCGCAGCUCUGGCUGUUGGGACCAUCUAGGGAGUGAAUCAUCGGAUGGAAGACCUCGCUCCUUCACUCUCUGUGUAACUCUGGCUUUCAAAUAAAUAAAAUCUUUAAAAAAAAAAAAAAAAAAAAGGAAAACUUUCCUAAAAUUUCAGAUUUAAGUGUAAUUCCUGUCACUCUUAAUACAGCUAUUAGAGAUUUUUUUUUAGUAUUCACAUGGUUUGUAUAGUAUCAGUUACUCACUGUUUCCUAUCUCUGUAUUACACAUAUUUCAUAAAUAUGAAGAUUCACUUUCGAUAUGAGGAAAAUAGUGUUACCUGGUAAACCAGCCUACCACUUCGAUUUCAUAUGUGAAUAGUAGAAAAUAAUUUUCACUCUUUCCAAUGUUAGAAAAUGAGAAUGGAAUAACAGAAAUAAACUUC